UGGACGGAGCCGACGCGGUGGCAGUGACAGUGUGGCAAGUGGCCGGCCCACGACUUGUCUGCCGACCAAUCAAGGAGACCAUGAGCGAUAGUCAGGACGCAGGACGGAGUGUGACUCUCGGGCUGAUGUGUGGCGGGAAUGGCAAGGUGGAGGAUGCACAGGUUGCGCUGGAUGAUGCGAUUGAGGCUGGGUACUCGUUUAUGGUGACGCAACUUGUGCGGUAUCCGCGGGCUGGCGGGAAGGGGAGCGGGGCGAGCUCGUCCCGGAGCUCGUCGGGCGGAGUGGUGUCUGCGGCGGUUCCGGAGGGCCUCACUCAUAGCGACCUGGUGCUCCGUGAUCUGCAGAACGCCAACUGCUUUGUGGGCAUCAUCGGCGACUGGCUGGAUCUGGCGUACUCGGGCGCGCAAGUCGGCGGAGAGGACGUCAAGCACUCUGCGGCCGAGCUGAAGCGAGAGCUCGAGUGGGCGAUCUACCUCGGGCUUCCCGCGGUGCUGCUGAACUCGCUGCCGGACUCGGCGUCUGCGCUGGCGCACCUGGCGAUGCUCACGGUGGACUCGUUCCACACCAUCCAGCUCCAGUUCCGCAAUCUGUGGGUGCGGCUCUCUGUCGACUCGAACGAGGACCUUCGCAAGUUUGCGACGUUUCUCACGCUGGCGGCGCCGGUGUCAUCGUUUGUGGGGGUGCUCCUCGAGCUCACACCGGAGCUGCCGGACGCGGGUAUGCUCGCGCGGUGGCGCGGCGAGCCUGUUCGCGGCGUCCUCGUGCCGACCUCGCUGUUUGUCAAGAACAAGGCCGGGUACCCGGUCCUCCUCCGCGCCCAUCAGGCGUUUGUCAAGUCGAUGAUCGAGAUCGGGGCCCAGAUCAUUGUGCAGACGACCGACGGGACGCCGGCGAGCGAGGCGGCGGCGUACGCCGAGUACGUGGAGCACCUGGCGUCGACGAUGGAGCCGUCGCCAGUGGGCGGGUACGAGGACGAGCUGCAGGCGCCGCUGCAGCCGCUGCAGGACAACCUCGAGUCGACGACGUACGAAACGUUUGAGCGUGACGCACCCAAGUACAAGCUGUACCGCAAGGCGGUGCGGCGUGCGCUCGCGGACCUCCCGGACAACCUUAGCGUUCCCGGGCAAGAGCCCAAGGCGCCGUACGUGGUGAUGGUGCUCGGCGGCGGGCGCGGGCCGCUGGUUGCGGCGUCACUGGCAGCGGCGGUCGAGGCCGGACGGGCCAUCAAGGUGUACUGCGUGGAGAAAAACCCGUCGGCGCUGCUCACGCUGCAGAUGCGGGCCGAGGCUGAGUGGGGCGGCCUCGUCGAGGUCAUCGGGUCGGACAUGCGGGCGUGGCAGCCGACCGAGCUGGCCGACAUCAUUGUCUCGGAGCUGCUCGGCUCGUUUGGCGACAACGAGCUCUCACCCGAGUGUCUCGACGGGGCACAGCGGCUGCUCAAGCCGGGCGGCAUUUCGAUUCCGGCAUCGUACACCUCGUACGCGGCACCGAUUUCGGCACACAAGCUUCACACCGAGCUGCAGCGGACCACGUCGAGCUCGCCGUCGGUGGAGAUCAACAUGCAGACGCCGUACGUGGUCUACUUUUCCAAUGUCCAUGUCCUCGACGCGCCGCUCCCGGUCUUCACCUUUGACCACCCGAACGCCGACAUUGCGGCCGGAGGCAUGGCCGACAACACGCGGUUCACCUCGCUGAGCUUCACACUCCCGCACGAUGCCACCAUCCACGGCUUUGCCGGCUACUUUGACUGCGUCCUCUACAAGGACGUGGUCAUGUCCAUCAACCCAGAGAGCCACACGCCCGACAUGUACUCGUGGUUCCCCAUCUACUUUCCCAUUCUCGAGCCCAUCCACGGCAAGGCUGGCGAGCCGGUCGAGCUCCACAUCUGGCGCAAGACCACGACGUCCAAGGUCUGGUACGAGUGGGCCUUUACAUCGCCCGUCCCUACUCGGGUCCAUAACCCGAAGGGAACGUCAUCGCACAUCGGGCUGUGAAUGAAUGAGACACCGA